AUCUCUUACCUUAUUGAUGCAAUUGGCAAUCUCAAUUACUUUUUUUAGUAGCAUCAUCACCUUAAAACAUAACCUGUAUCAUUUCAGAGUUAGCAUCAAAAUUUUGCACUUAAAAUAUGAAUCAUCCUUGUGCAAGCUCUAGAAACCUGUUGUCACAAAUCCUGAAUAGAUAUCUUCUAGUAUGGAUGAUCUUAAUGAAGGAAUCAGCAAUUGCUGCAACUCGUGCAGGAAAUGAAACUGAUUUGCAAGCUUUACUUGACUUCAAGAAUAGGGUAGUAGCAGAUCCAUUCAACAUUAUGAGUUCUUGGAAUGACUCCCUCCAUCACUGCAAUUGGAUAGGAAUCACAUGCAACAUCUCCAAUGGAAGGGUCAUGGACCUUAGCCUUGAGCAACUGAGACUAGGAGGCACUCUCACACCAUUCAUAGGAAACCUCACAUUCCUCAACGCACUCAACUUGUUAAACAAUAGCUUCCAUGGUGAAAUUCCUCAAGAGGUGGGUCAUUUACUCUAUCUGGAACAUCUAAACCUCAGCUUAAAUAACUUUGGUGGGAGUAUUCCAAGUAAUCUAAGUCACUGCACAAAACUAGAAGUACUAGGUGUAGGAGGAAAUAAUCUUACAGGAGUAAUCCCAACUUGGAUUGGAAACCUUUCUUCUUUGUCUCGCAUUAGCUUUGGAUUAAACAACUUGAUCGGAAGCAUACCACAAGAGGUAGGCCUUUUAUCAAGCUUGACAUAUCUUGUGCUAUAUGGGAAUUACUUGUCUGGAUCAGUUCCUUCUUCAAUCUAUAACAAAUCUUCCUUAUACUAUUUCACUUUUACUCAAAACCAACUUCAUGGGAACUUACCGGCCGAUGUUGGGUUUACUCUUCCAAACAUUCAAGUAUUUGCUGGUGCGGUCAACAAUCUUACAGGUUCUGUCCCUGCAUCAUUGUUGAACGCAUCAAAACUAGAGAUUCUUGACUUCUCCGUGAAUGGUCUCACUGGAACACUGCCAAAGAACUUAGGGGUCUUGAACAGGUUAACUAGACUUAGCUUUGAACACAACAGACUGGGAACUGGGAAAACAGAUGAUCUUAGCUUUCUUGAUUCUUUGGUCAACUGCACAGGUCUACAAGUUUUACGUCUAGGAGUAAAUAAUUUUGGUGGAGUAUUGCCUAAAUCAAUUGCUAAUUUCUCAAGCCAAAUGCACACAUUUGCCCUUGGAAAUAUACCUGGAAUUGGCGACGGAAUACAUGGAAAUAUACCAGUUGGAAUUGGCAAUCUUGCUAACCUGGCCCUCAUAAGUUUGGAAGGAAACCAUCUAACUGGGAGUCUUCCUCAUACAUUGGGUAGGCUGAAAAAUCUGAGAGAAUUGUAUCUGAAUGUCAACAAAUUUUCAGGUAGAAUCCCAUCCUCCUUGGGAAAUUUGUCUGUAUUAACGAAAAUUUUUCUGGAGGAGAACAACUUCGAGGGAAGCAUCCCUUCUAGUCUUGGAAACUGCCAAAAUUUAUUGGUACUCAGCCUUUAUAGCAACAAGCUCAGUGGCACCAUACCACCUGAAGUUAUUGGCCUUUCUUCACUAGCAAUUUAUUUAGAUGUAUCUCAUAAUGCUUUGUCAGGGACUCUUCCAUCUGAAGUGAGUAAGCUACAAAACCUUGGAGAGUUGGUGUUGUCUGAGAACAACUUUUCUGGAGUCAUUCCAUCUUCUCUUGGCAGAUGCAUUAGCUUGGAAAAGCUGCAUUUGGAGGGAAAUUCUUUUGAUGGAAACAUUCCUCAAACUUUAAAGAAUUUGAGAGGUUUACUUGACAUAGAUCUUUCACGAAACAACUUGUCUGGCAAGAUUCCCGAGUUUCUUGGGCAGUUCACUGAGCUCAAGCAUUUAAAUCUUUCAUACAAUAAUUUUGAAGGUGAAAUACCGAAGAAUGGAAUAUUCAAAAAUGCUACAUCCCUUUCAUUGUAUGGCAACAGCAAGCUAUGUGGGGGUAUUCCAGAACUAAAUUUCCCUCCAUGCACUGUCAGGAAAGCUUCUAUGGCAAGAAGACUCCUUGCUCCUAAGGUGGUUAUCCCUAUAGCAUGUGCACUUGUAUUACUGUUAAUUCUAUCGUGUUUUCUUAUAUUGUUCCCCAUAGUAAAAAGAUCAAAGAAGAAAAUUCCUACAUCAACUACUGAAACGGGUUUGGAAUUUGAAAUUUCUUACUCAGAAAUUAACAAGUGCACUGGUGGGUUCUCCCUGGAUAACCUGAUUGGUUCGGGAAGUUUUGGUUCUGUAUAUAAAGGAACUCUCUCAGGUGAUAAAUCAAGUGUCGCAGUUAAAGUAUUAAACCUUCAACAGAAAGGAGCACCUGAGAGUUUCAUUGAUGAAUGCCAUGUUCUGAGAAGUGUAAGGCAUCGUAACCUACUCAAGAUCAUAACUGCGAUCUCAGGAGUUGAUCAUCAAGGCAAUGACUUCAAAGCUCUAGUGUUUGAGUACAUGCCUAAUGGAAGUCUAGAAGACUGGUUGCAUCCUAUAAGAAAUUUGCAAUUUCAGAAAAAGACAUUGACAUUCACUCAAAGACUGAACAUAGCAAUUGAUGUUUCAUGUGCACUGGAAUACCUCCACCACUUCUGUGAAACUCCAAUUGUUCAUUGUGACAUAAAGCCAAGUAACGUGCUUCUUGACAAUGAUAUGGUUGCCCGUCUUGGUGACUUUGGAUUAGCUACAUUUCUGUAUGAAGAAUCAAGCAAGUUAUCCACACAACCAGUUAUAUCAGCUAACCUAAGGGGUUCUAUUGGCUACAUCCCUCCAGAAUAUGGUAUGGGUGGGAAGCCUUCCACACUUGGAGAUAUAUACAGCUAUGGGAUACUGUUACUGGAAAUUUUCACUGGAAAAAGGCCGACAGAUGAAGCAUUUGAAGGUGGCACGGGAAUUCAGCAGUUUGUAGCAAUGGCUCUAUCUAACAAUGUCAUGGAUAUCGUUGAUCCUUCAUUAGUCUGUGAACAAGACUUUGAUGAGGAAAGUGAAGAGUCUGAGUGUGAAGAGAAAGCUAUAAGGAGGAAGAACGAGAUUGAAGGAAUGGCUAAAGGUUUGAUUGAGGAUUGCUUUGUGUCUCUGAUGCAAAUUGGAAUGUCGUGCUCUGCAAAUGCACCUGAUGAACGAAUGCCAAUCACUGUGGUCAUCAACAAACUGCAUACUAUCAGGAACGUUUAUACAGAUAAAGCAUAGUGUCAUAUGAACAGCAUCUAAGCGAAGGAAAAAAGGAUAAGAUAAUGAUAUCUAAAAUUGCAAGAUUUUAUUAUAAAUUCUUAUGUAGCCAUGCAAAUGCAAUAUAAGCUAACUUUUAAGUAUUCAAUAUUCCCAAAUGAACAUUUUAGCUUAUUUGUUGCCAUUUUAAAUUCUCAAAGAUAAUUUGUAUUACCAUUAAUUCUAUUGUGUUCACUUGAAUUGUUCCCCAUAGUUAAAAGAUAAAAAAAGAAAACUCCUACAUCAUCUACUGAAAGGGAUUGGAAUUGGAAAUUUCUUACUCAGAAAUUAUCAAGGGCACUGGUGGUGGGUUCUCCUAGGAUACGGUGAUUGGCUCGGGAAUUUUGGUUCUGUAUAUACAUAGGAAUUUCUCAGGUGAUGAAUCAAGUGUUGCAGUUAGAGUAUUAAACCUUCAACAGAGAGGGGCCUCUAAGAGCUUCGUUGAUGAAUGUCAAUUUCUGAUAAUUGUAAGGCAUCGCAACCAAGGUUGCAAUAAGGGAAACUAUUUUCAGUAGGCAAAAUCAAUCAUUAAAGCAUAUACAAUUUAAGAGUAACUUGACAGGUUAAUUUACUAAAAUGUUAAAAAUGUGAUUACAAAGCUUAUUUCAAUUCUUUCCUUAACAAAUGGAGAAAGGAUUAAACCUUUAAAAUCAUAAAUAAGGAAAAACACCGUAUACAGGUCCAGACAAUUGUAGUGGUGGUCUAAGAACUAGGUUCACUGGGCACACAGGACAGCUGGGCACACAGGACA